CCGUACAACUCUUACCAGGAAGAGACUGACACAAAAAUUCACUCUGGAAGAAAAAGGAAACGUAUUAGAUAUUGACUUUUUUUGGACAAGAUCAAGGGAAUCAGUGAUGAGAGAAAAAUGAAGAGAAACAGUUUAAAAUUAGUCUCUGAACAGACAGCAGAUCUUCAAUAUUUUUUUGUGGUUAUUCGUGUCUAAAACCAGCGUUCAGAAAGUGAAAGUAAAGUUUAUAUCGCUGGAGCUCAAACAGUGAAAAUGGCUUCACUAAAUGUAGCUGAAGAAGAACUUUCUUGUCCUGUAUGUCAUGAAAUCUUCAAGGAUCCUGUUGUUUUAUCAUGUAGUCACAGUGUCUGUAAAGAGUGUCUUCGACAGUUCUGGAGCAUCAAGAAGACUCAGGAGUGUCCCGUCUGCAGGAGAAGAUGCUCAAAAGAAUAUCCUCCAAGUAAUCUGGUGUUAAAAAACCUGUGCGAGUCGUUCCUGAAGGAGGGAAAUGAGAGGCGUUCAUCAGGAUCCGAGGAGAUCUGCGGUUUACACAGUGAGAAACUCAAACUCUUCUGUCUGGAGGACAAACAGGUUGCGUGUGUGGUGUGUUUUACUUCACAACAUCACAUCAAUCACACAUUCAGACCAAUCAGUGAAGUGGCUUCAUCAUACAAGGAGGAGCUCAAUGCAGCACUGAAGUCCUUACAAGAGAAACAUAAACGUAAAGAAAACAUUAAAGGAGAAUUUGAGAAAACAGUUCAACACCUCAAGGUGAGUCUUUUGACAUUCACAAAAUUGAUUAGAACAGCUAAAUUGGUUUGUUUGACAUAAUUAUUUUUUUCUUUAUUGACUGGAAUAAUAGAAAUGUUGAAGGCCUUUUCUGUUGUUUAAUAUUGUUUACAAAAUAUCUGAUUACCACAACAGUGCUGGACCUCUUGCUAUAGUAUCGCAGUAUUAUAUCACAGUGCGAUAUUUAAGUGCAUUUAAUGACCUGACAUUGAUAAAUACAGGCGUGAGAUCUUCAAACAAUCUACUUAAUAAUGAUGAUAUCACCAUUAGCAAAUAACCCACAAACUACUGCAUCACCAGAUUUUCUCUUGGCUUUUUUUGCAUAACAAUGUGCUUUAUAAGAACAUAUGCAACAGUCAGAUAGAAACUAAUGUUAAAGUUCAAGGGCCUAAUGGUUACAGAGCUGGAGUUAUAACCCAAAAGUUGCGGGUUCUGAGUCCGGCAGGAACUGUCGGUGGGGGGGGAGUGAAUAACCAACUCUCUCCACCCUCAAAACCACGACUGAGGUGAGACCCUUGAGCAAGGCUGAAUAUUUCAGAAUCGAUUCUGAGUUAGUUUUUUCCCCGCAUGUGGCACGUGUGUGCGCUAGUGAUGUGAUGGGCUUCAUCGCACAGAAUUUGCGCUGUGAGAAGCGGCUUUCACACCGAACACGGAAAGCGUUCUAUCCACAAGUUUCCUACGCCCCAUGAGGCCUUGCGUCAAAAGUGGGAGCGUCUUCCGGUUCAAAGUAAACAAGCGGGACGUGACACUCAUUCAUCCAACAGCUGACAGGAGUGACAGGCAAAUGAAGCCUCGUGAAGCACCGAGAAAGGGGGAAGAUUCAAAGCUUUGAGAGUGUUGAAAACGGUGCAAUCUGGUGAUUAGUAAAAAAUAAAGCAGCCAAAAGCCUGUGAAGCUCCGUCAGAAGAAGCAUUCACCACAAUUUCCAUAGAUCGGUCCAUGUUAUAUGCACAAAUAAAAGCCUAACCGUGUGUGUGUUUUUGUUUGUUGAAUUUCUGACUCUGAUAAAUUAAUUUACCUAUUGAACAGUGCCAUUAAAUGUCAGUAUGAAUAUCAACAUGAUGAAGAAUGAGGAAUAAUGUACACAUAUAUUAAUUGCAUAUGGCAUAUAUUUAAUUUUCUUGAAAUAAUUUGUAUUUUUCAAAUUACUUGUAUGACUGGGUAUUUAAAAAUGUAAUUAUUAAAUAGGUCCUAAUGAAAAUGUUAGGACACGCAAAGUGAAUCGCGCACAUGACUGGACAGAAAGUGAGGCUUCUACGAAAGGGAUUUCUACAUUAACAAGCCUCGAAUUUAUGGGGUUCCAUUAGUGCCAAAAAAGAGGCGACUGCUUUGUGCUUUGUACUACACAUUUGUCUUUGUCUACAGUUAUUGCCUAAUUAUUCAGGUAAAUCAGUAUAUGUUGACGUGCAUGUUGUCUGUUGACGUCGUCUUAAUCUGUCGUCCUGUCGUCUUUUUCUCUGUUUUUUUUUACUGUUGUCCUAACUGUCAUUUUGUUCUGUCGACCUGUUCUGUCAUCCUUACUGUCGUCUUAUUCUGUCGUCCUGUUCU